ACGCGCCCCUAACCGACGCAACAACAACAUCCCUCCCAAGUGCCAUUGUGUGUUUACUGCACAGAUUAUAUUUAUAUUUUCAUAUUUAGUUUACCAUGUUGUUCCGCGGAUAUCUGUUCUUGUGUGCAGUAUGUUGGACCACGGCGUCUGUGAUUCCGGAGUGCGUGCGGGUGCAAUCCGGUUGGGAGCGGACUGUGAGCUCCAUCGGGGGAAAGUGCCUAAACUGGCUCACCGUGCCAGCUGGAUACAACAUCACACGGAAUAAUACAGGGCUGUGGGAUCAUGGCUUCUGUCGGCGUGUGGAUUCCUCUGAGAGGCCUUGGUGUUUUGUUUUGGCUGCGGACGGAACGCAGAGACAAGACUGCACACCAUGCCAAGACCAGGCUGUGACUGCUGCGCCUCCUCCACCUUCCGAUGAUGGAGGAGGAGGAGGAGGAGGAGGAGGAGGAGGAGGAGGAGGUGGAGGUGCUGAUUCGAGCAGUGCUACUGCAGGAGGUGAUGGAGGUGAUGGAGGUGGAGGAGGUGAUGGAGGAGGUACCGGUACCAGUGCUGAUGUAGAUCCCGCUGGCCUCCCUCCGCAGACGGGCGGCGUUGCGGCGAAACCGGAGCCGAAACCGAACCCGGGCAUCAGCCGGCGCGUACGGGUCGGGCCCAAGAAGAAGAAGGACCUCGGAGCCCUCGGUUAUGUUCUCGGUGGUAUUAUGAUGCUCAUUAUCAUCAUGCUCGGAACCGGAAUCGUCUUUGGAUAUUUCUACAAGAAGGGCCAGAAACUAAAGCAGCAUGCUGAGCAGCGUGCGUACGAGCAGGAGAUGCACCGGAUCAACCUGCCCCUCUCCGCCUUCUCCAACCCCAUAUGCCAACUGGACGACGAACCCAGCGCUACACACACACACCAGGCGGCGCUGUUGGAGCAGGAAGAGGAGACACAGGAGAGGGUGGAAGAGGAGGAGGACAGAGGAGGAAGAGGAGGAGGAGGAGGAGGAAGAACAGUCGUGGAGGAGGUGAAGAUUAGACUGCAGGAGGCGGUAUUGACACUCCAGGAGGAUGAAGAGGAAGAGGAGGAGGAGAGGGGAGGAGGAGGAGGAGGUGCUGACCUUCGUCUCAAACAGGCCUCAACCGACGCCUCUGGUGCCUGAUGACCUUCAGGGGUCACGUAGACCUUCUGACCUUUUGACCUCUUGGACAGAGAGAGGAGUGCUAUUAUGGGAUGGAUAGUUGGAGGACUGAGGAUGAACUUUUGACCUUUGACCUUGUUGACAGAGGAGUGGCCGCCUCCCCUUAGUGGCUCUCUGCUGGGUUGCCGUGACGAUUGGGAUGGGAUUCUUCUGGGUUGCCGUGGCGAUGGGGUGAGGAGAGGAGAGGAGAGCGAGCCGGCCUGAUGUGUGUGUGUGUGUUAUACUGCUGCUGCUGAUGAUUAUAUUAUAGUGUUUUAGGAACGCUGACACGUGAUUGGACAAGCCAUUGGAACGCUGAUACAUAAUUGGACAAUCCACUUCCUUACUGCUGGGGGAGUUUUCCAAGACCAUGUAUCAGUAGUGAACUUAACCUUCAGGUAGCGGCCAUGUAAAUCAUGUAAUAGAAGAGCCUGCAGCCCUCGUUUUCUAAACUAAAUGAUGCCUGCAGGUGCAUCUAUUAGACGAUGAACCUCCUCCUGUGGGCUAUCUCUGACACUGGAAAAUAACACAAGAUGAAGAAGAAGAAGAAGAAGAAGAAGAAGAAGAAGAGGAGAGCUUUCGGGGAGGAGGGGGAGGGGUGCGAUAGUGGACCACGGCACCAAGGGAGUAGGCGGCCGGUAACACACCUUACGCAAAGAAUCUCGAACUACUGACUUGGAGGAUUCAUCACCACAGAGGUCACGGGAAGCCUUCACUAGAGACUUGUAAAGUGGAGGAGACACACUCACACUAUCUAUGCCGAAUGAUUAACAAAGUUCUUAACUGGGUGCUGAAUCCCACUUAAAACAUAGAGAAGGGAUUGAAGCGAAGGACAGCACUCUUCAGAUAUUUUUUUUUUUAGUCGCCGAAUAAAGGUGUUAAAGUCUUCAGAUUUGUCUGUUUAUCAGCCUACUAAUGUUCUGGGCAGGGGUCCGUUUCUCGAUUGUUGUCGUUGCUAAGCGCCUUAAGACCGUGUUAAGACGUAACACCAUUCCCUUGGAUUUAGUGUUGCUAAAGCGUUGCUGUUGAGAGAGAGUUGUGUCGUUCUUACAAAGGACGUUGCUACCAUCGUUAGCAAAGACGCUUUUGAGAAAGCCACCCCAGAUCCGGGUCUGAAGUCCGCUGUCCAUCGCUUUGUUCCCUCAGGCGUUCAAGAGAGACACAGCUAGCACUACCAAAGAUCUUGAUAUCCUCCAACUCCACUGCACGGGAUUUCAACUAUACCAUUGAUUAUGCAGAUGCUCUACACUGUACUGCUUGUGUGUGUGUGUGUGUGUGUGUGUGUGUGUGUGUGUGUGUGUGUGUGUGUGUGUGUGUGUGUGUGUGUGUGUGUGUGUGUGUGUGACGGGGGUUUGGAUGGGGCAGGGCUUUGUCUGUCCCCAUAACAAUUAUCAUUAUCAAGGAUGUUUUGAAAUGCGGUUUUGCCUUCAGAUGCAAGUUACUAUACGAGCAUGUUGUUGUCAUGUUGUUGCCAUGUUGUCAUGUUAUCGUCAUAUUGUCAUGUUAUCAUAUUGUUGUCAAUCAUGUUCUCAGUGCCACCAAAGACUUGCCCAGUAGAGUAAGAUACUUCAAGCCUGUGCAUUUCCUGGAUUUCCUUCGAGUUCCCCCUUGGUGAUGUAGAUGGCGAUAGAGCACAUCUUAUGCAAGCCGUCACCAAACGCCUUGACAAGAGAAGAAGAAGGAGGGGAGGGGACAAUGCCACAGCCGGUUUACAUAAACCCUCUCUGACAACGCCCCCUUAGGAGACUGAACUUGAGCACACUCCUUGUCAUUGGGUGGUUGGAGUUUGAAUCAUCUUACUCUACCAAGAAAAUCUUUGGUGCUACUGUCCUGAGAGGGGUUAUGUUUGGGUUUGGGGUUUAUCUGGGAAGUGGGAUGCAUUUCAGCACAUGUGAUCGAUUGUUUUGUUUUGAUCAUUUUUGUUAAUG